AUGACAGCGAGUAGCUCUAAGCGGGAGCGGCUCCCAUCGCCGGAAACUCCGGCUGAGGUCGGAGAACAUACGCAGUCCAAACUUAUCAAAGUGCUUGCCGUGGAAGGCUUGCGAAAUGUGUUUGAUCCGCGAAAGCAUCUGACGGAGAGAGUCCUGUGGGUGUUCCUGAUCGGGUUCGCCGUGUACGGGGCGUUCUUCGUGGGUCGCUCCCAGUGGGUCCGGUUCCAGGCGAGCCCGACCGUCAUUCAGCUGGACAAAAACUACCGCGAGUGGGUUGGCACGAUGCCAGCGGCAACAGUUUGCUUCCACAACCGGUUCGAUCUGGGCAGGGCCCGCGACUACAUCGUGAGAAAUAACUUAUCUCUCCAAACCAACCAAACCCACAUCAACGACCUGUUGGAACUGGCCGAAGCGCUAGUCUCCACGACCGCACCAGACUUCAGCGCCCUGACUCGCUUCGCACACCAGCGCCACCUUCUGGACUCCGUGGAUAUCCUGCAGCUGAUUGGUGCCGCCCAUCCGGAGUACGACACGGAUGUGAACAGUUUCGAUCCCGAGUACAAUGGACUGCCAAUUAGACAAAUUAUAACGGAACGUGGCAUCUGCUACGCACUCAACGCACCACUUGCCAGCACGCUGCAAGUCACCAAUUUGACGGGUUCGUCGGAAAAAACGGUCAACCAAAAGUCCGCGACUUGCGCUUACACCAAAAACCAGUGCUACAUGAAAAUCGACACUUACGAGUCGACUAUUUCGUUCAUCAUCCAUUCUCCAACCGAGCUUGUAACAAGUGAUACUCCCUUCACGAUGAUGGGAACCUCCGAAGAAGUUGUAGUAUCGUACGAAGUCCAAGAAACUGUCGCCAGCAACCGGUUGCGGGACCUCACAGUAAAGCAACGCAAUUGUAUCUUCAACGACGAGCGCCACCACGGCUUGGAGUUUUACAGCUACAAUCUGUGCGUCAUGCGUUGCCGGGCGGCCAAAGCGCUGGAACUGUGCCAUUGCAAGCCUCACUUUUAUCCCUUCGUAGAUGGACCCACGUGCACCGUGGCCGGCCUGCUUUGCCUAGCGGAGCAACCUUCCGGGCGUUGGUACGACGAGAAGCUGUCCUGUCGGUGCCUGAAGCCGUGCACAGAAAUUGUCUACAUCCUGGUUGGGACGACCCAAAACCAGUGGAGAGCCGAGGGUGGCAUUCCGUUCAAACAGAGGACAUCCGUGCGGUGGGAGAUUCUGCAGCCCAAAACGCGACUGCUCCGAGAUGUGCUGUUCAGCUUUGAAGAUUUAUUGGUUUCGUUUGGUGGAGGCUUUGCACUUUUUAUUGGAAAGAACGUAUUUACGCUGGCAGAACUGUUCGAUUUUAUGCUACAUGAAGUUAUGGACAAAAUACACCGAUGGUUUCAAACAAGGGCAUAAACAACUUCUUUUUAGCAUGCGAAAAAUGUUAGUAUUGUG